UCUAACUAUAUCUACUUCUUAUCUAACUUUUGUUUUAAAUGGCAGCAUUAAUAAAGUGUAGAUCGAUUUUUGUAUUUUAAAAAGGAACAAAAGGAUGUAGUUAGAUAAAUAAAAUUUAAAUAUAAUUUAAAAAAUGCACCAAGUAAAACAUAAAAUAUGCAUGGUCUCAGAUUUCUUCUAUCCAAAUAUGGGUGGAGUAGAAGAACAUAUAUUCAAUUUAUCUCAAUGUUUACUUGGUCGUGGGCACAAAAUUGUGAUAAUUACACAUUCCUAUGGGGAUAGAAUAGGUAUUCGCUAUAUGACUAAUGGAUUAAAGGUUUAUUACUUGCCAAUAAAAGUUUUUUACAACCAAUGUGUUCUCCCUACAAUGAUAUGUUCGCUCCCUCUGAUUAGAUAUAUUUUUAUUAGGGAAAAAAUAGAAAUCAUUCAUGGACAUUCAGCAUUUUCAGCUUUAGCACACGAGGGAAUGCUAAUUGGAAGACUUAUGGGAUUGAAGACGGUAUUCACUGACCAUUCUCUUUUUGGUUUUGCUGACGCAUCUGCUGUUUUAACAAACAAAUGCCUUCAAAUAUCUUUAGCUGAUUGUAAUCAUUGUAUCUGUGUAUCUCAUACUGGAAAAGAAAACACAGUAUUGCGUGCAAAGGUUCAUAAAGAUCAAGUAUCUGUUAUUCCUAACGCAGUAGAUACAGCUCUGUUUACGCCUGACAUUAGCAAAAGAAAAAAUAACUGCGUUACUAUCGUCGUCGUAUCUAGAUUAGUUUAUCGUAAAGGAGUUGAUCUCUUAGCACAAGUAAUUCCUGAAAUUUGUGCACGUUAUGAACAUGUGCAAUUCCUUAUUGGCGGAGAUGGCCCUAAACGAUGGCUUAUAGAAGAAAUAAGAGAACGAAAUUUAUUACAGCACCGAGUAACAUUGCUUGGUAGUUUAGAGCAUUCACAAGUUCGUCAUGUGUUAAAUAAAGGCCAUAUAUUUUUAAAUACUAGUCUGACAGAAGCGUAUUGCAUGGCGAUUGUAGAAGCUGCAUCUUGCGGGCUUCAAAUUGUUUCGACAAAAGUUGGUGGAAUUCCUGAAGUGUUACCUCCAGAAUUAAUUUAUUUAGUUGAGCCAACAGUCGAAGAAUUAAUUAAAGGACUCGAACAUGCAAUCGAUGACUACCAAAGUGGUAAUAUUAUGAGUCCAUAUGAAGUUCAUAAUAAAAUUUUAUCAUAUUAUAAUUGGUUUAAUAUUACCAAAAGAACGGAGAUUGUGUACAGUUUAGUUUGUCAAGAAAAAAAGAAAACAUUAGGGGAAAUGUUGAUGAAUUAUUUAUCAAGCGGUGUACUGCCAUAUUUGCUGAUGGUGUCUCUAUGCUACAUCAUGCUGCAAAUACUUGAUUAUAUUGUGCCAAAAAAGUAUAUAGAUAUAUCAAAAGAUUAUAUCCAUUCCGAGCCGCAUUUAGAACAAAAUGGAAAACGAGAGAAAAAAAUUGAUUGAAACUACGUUCAAUGGUUAAUUAAUUUGGACGAAGUUUUGUUUUUAUAAAUUAAAUAGAAUAAUUUAUCCAAGAAAGACUUGAGAAAUUUAUUAGGAAAAUUUCAAUUUUUAUAAAUUGAAUAAUUGUAAAUAAAAAUAAUUUAAUA